AUGCGUUCGGAAAUAGGCGGAGCUGCGGUGACCGGCAAAGUGCAGGGCUACUGCCAUUGCAAGACGGAGUGGCAGGUCAAAGGGAGGUCCUUAGCUGCUGAUUGCAGCCUUGAUGUCAUGAACAGUGCCAUCGUGGUUCACAGGUCUAACCACUACGGCAGAUGCAAUCCACAACAAACGGCUCUGAAGGGGUAA